UACAAAGUCAGCCUCAGGAGCUGACAGCUCGGUCCAUGGAAUAGAUCGUCUUUCUCACAGAUAAAGGAAACGGUGGUAGAAACGAUUCGAUUGAGAUGGACGACAGGACGACUAUCUGACCCAGCUGGGAGAAAUAUUACAAGAGCAUCCUUCAGUGGAAUUCGAUGAUGUGUAGGCUACAACAUAUGGGAAUAUUUCAGCAUUAUGAUACGCCCAUGCGACGGGCUGUGUGGAUGUUGUGAUGUACAGUGAACGAUCCAAGCAACCAUAAACAUCUGAAUUCCGAAAACCGGUUUUUGGACGAAUAUAGCCUACUUUCUCACUGAUCUCUGGAUUACAAGAAAUAUCGUUGCAGAAUAUAGAAAGGAACUAGGUGGCUUAUCAUCAUCACCAUUAUUAUUAUUAUUAUUAUAAAGAUGGUGGACGCAUCUUGUGCUGGCUUUUAUUUGGGCAACAUAAACACAUUAUUGAGAAUUUCGUCGCCUAAUCGCUACGACCUGGAUACAAGUAAUCUUUAUGCAAGCCAUUCGCAUCACUCUCAUUCUUCAUAGAAUGAUCUCAAUAUCGCCAUAUCAUAAUAAUCCAAUAUAAAGCCGAAGUUCCGUUUAAGCUUAUCACACAUUUCUAUUUAUAUACGCAACUGACUCCAGCUUUAUGGAUCAACUGCUCGAUGACAAUAAAAUGUGUAGUGUUAAAAUGACAAUCAUGGAAAAUGAGGACUUGAUGAAAUAAGAACUUGCGCUACAUAGAAAUAACAGCGAGUUGCUUUUGUUCAUGACUUGAAUUAAAUUGCAAACAGUCUACGUGAAGUAGCAGCUAUAGUAGGCUAACGUUUAUUGAUUCAAUAUUAAUCCGCCUUUCCAAAUAUGCUAAAGGCUAAACGGGUAGAAUAUAUUAUGUAUGUCGAAUAAAUCUAAUGACAACCACUGCUCUGCCAUCUCUCUGUUGUGAUUCUCAUCUUAAAAUGGACGCGCGCUUUCCUUGACGGCAAUUUUAGAGACUUGAACUGUCUUGUAGAGUUCGCAAUGUACCGGAUUUACACGAAACAAGAGAAACGUGAAGUGAAUAUUACGAAUGUGCAAAUAAUUGUGGAUGCUUUGUGAUCGCGAGCAGGCGCAUCCCUGUGAGCCUAUCAGAGCAGAAUGUCUGAAGAUGCCCUAAGUUCGCGCAUGCAUGUGUUUAAGGCUAUGAAUAUUCAUUAAAGUCCAUUGCAAAGAGCAACAUCGAUGUACAUUUACAAAUAUGAGAGUUUUACAUGGAUCGGAUUUACAUAGAUUAGAGGUUACGACAACAUUCCAGAGAUUUAACACCUAGAUAUGUGAUGUAGGUCAAAUUAUCAGAAGACUCAUCUAGUUCCUGUUUUAUCCUGUAGUAUGAUAUUAUUUUAGUUAAGGAUUCUACUGUUACAAGGGGAAAUCAAGCAAGGCCAUCAGUGAUUCUUCUAAUGGAAAAGCCCAAUGCUGCUCAAGCAACCAAAAAGAAAACAUUCUUACGUCUUGACGGACUGGACAUUCUCAUCUAAUCUCAUUGACUUUGGAUCUCAAGUUUCCCUAGAAAAAAACUUGUAUUGUGGCCUAAUGCAAAACUCUUAUUCAGAAUCAUUGUCCUAGUCAUAUUAGAGCUGUAAGCAUACAUUGACUGACUACAAUGGCUCUAUAAAUGUUAACACGCACACAAAGUGUGUUGUGGACAAUCCAAGCAACCAUUGAGGACAGUGAAGCCCAGCAAAAGCUUUACUCAUUGUCUUACUCACUUUCUUCCCUCAUCAAUCAGGCCUGCACUCAGUAGAUGGGCUCUGCAUGGAUAAUAGGUGCAAGUUGACAGAGGGCCUCCUCCAGCUUUUGAGACCUCAUCGCUGACCUGUGCACUCAGUGAUGGACCCAUAUACAAGACUGAGUGGAGUAGGAGCUGGAGGUGGUGGUAGUGCCGCCCCACUACCUUGCACCAACAUUGGCGGUUCCUGUGGACCCCAAGUUCCCCCUGUCCUCCCAGAAAAUACAAAUUCAACACCUUGUCUGACACACAACAGCAGCAGCAGCCAGAACUCCUCUACCCGUCUUUCCUCAGUGGGAUCCCCAGAUUCCCAUCUUCCCCAUCAUCAUGACGGCAUUAACACUUACUGGACAGCUGUCUUUGAUUAUGAGGCCACCGCGGACGAGGAGCUGACCUUGCGACGCGGUGACCUAUUGGAAGUGCUUUCCAAGGACUCCAAAGUUUCUGGAGAUGAGGGAUGGUGGACUGGAAAGAUCCAAGACAAGGUGGGCAUAUUCCCUAGUAAUUAUGUGACCCGACGUGACACCAGCUAUCCAGCAUUGCCUCCGGGAGGUCUGGUCGGUGGGGAGUCGCCACUGGAUAUUGAUUUCUCGGAGCUGUGCUUGGAGGAAGUGAUUGGCGCUGGCGGAUUUGGAAAGGUUUAUAGGGGUGUGUGGCAAGAUGAGGAAGUGGCUGUUAAAGCGGCUCGUCAGGACCCAGACGAGGACAUCAGUGCCACGGCAGAGAACGUGAGGCAGGAGGCCAGACUCUUCUGGAUGCUCCGACACCGCAACAUCAUCGCUCUCCGAGGUGUUUGCCUGCAAGAGCCAAAUCUUUGCCUGGUUAUGGAGUAUGCCCGUGGUGGAGCACUUAACCGGGCACUUGCUGGGAAAAACGUGCCUCCUCGGGUACUGGUGAAUUGGGCAGUGCAGAUUGCGACUGGAAUGGACUACUUGCACAACCAGACUUUUGUGCCAAUCAUCCAUCGAGACCUCAAAUCCAGUAACAUUCUGAUUCUGGAGCCCGUGGAGAGAGACGACCUGUGUGGAAAGACCCUGAAGAUCACAGACUUCGGGCUCGCUCGGGAAUGGCAUCGCACCACAAAGAUGAGCGCGGCGGGCACGUAUGCCUGGAUGGCUCCAGAGGUCAUCAAGCUGUCACUGUUUUCAAAAAGCAGCGAUGUAUGGAGUUUUGGAGUGUUACUCUGGGAGCUGCUGACUGGUGAGGUGCCGUACCGUGAAAUUGACGCUUUGGCUGUGGCGUAUGGAGUUGCCAUGAACAAGCUGACCCUUCCCGUCCCCUCCACCUGCCCCGAGGCCUUUGCACAGCUGCUGGGAGAGUGUUGGUGUCCUAACCCACAUGGACGUCCUUGUUUCGGGAGUAUCCUCAAGAGACUGCUGGACAUUGAGCAAUCAGCCAUGUUCCAGAUGCCCCUGGAGUCUUUCCAUUCCCUGCAGGAAGACUGGAGGCUGGAGAUCCAGCAGAUGUUUGAUGAACUACGAGCAAAGGAGAAGGAGUUGCGAUCCUGGGAGGAGACUCUGGCACGGGCCGCUGAGGAGCAGAGGGAGCAAGAGGAGCACCUGAGGAGGCGCGAGCAGGAGUUAGCCGAGCGGGAGAUCGACAUUGUAGAGAGAGAGCUCAACAUCAUCAUCCAUCAGAUGUAUCAGGAGAAACCGCAUGUUAAAAAACGCAAAGGCCACUUCAAAAAGAGCAGACUGCUUAAACUCGGCAGGGACAGCAACUGCAUCAGUCUGCCAUCUGGUUUCGAGCAUAAGAUCACGGUGCAGGCGUCACCCAGCGUGGACAAGAGGAAAGGUCAGGGGAGCGAAAGCACGACUCCUCCAGCCAGCCCAGGGGUCAUCCCUCGCCUCAGAGCGAUACGCCUGACACCCAGUGAUGGGAGGAAGACGUGGGGCCGGACGGCAGUGUGUAAGAAAGAGGACCUCGGGACCAAGAAGAAGGGCCGAACAUGGGGACCGAGCUCCACACAUCAGCGGGAGAGAGUCGGGGGGGAGGACAGGUUAAAAUCACUUGGCGAGGGCAAGGUGUGGUCCUCCAGUGCUCCAAAUCUGGGGAAGUCCCCAAAACAUGCUCCUAUAACAGCUGGAUUCUCAAGUCUGAAUGAAAUGGAGGAGCACUGUGAGUUGGAUGACGGUUCUCCAGGACGUCUGGCUCCUGAGCUGGGCAGUAACGGAGCGAUGGAGGAGGUGGGCUCAGGAUCGGGGACAGGCUCACAGGACUCAACGCUGCGACGCUGCGGUCAGAGGAAGAAGAGCGAGCUUCUGCUGCUGGGCUGUGCCUCCAUACUGGCAGCUGUGGGACUCGGUGCCGACGUCUUCCAGCUGGGACGACAACAGAUGACUCAAGAUGAGCAGGACCCGCGAGAGGAGCAGAAGAAGAAGAAGGAGGGCCUGUUCCAGCACACGGGUCGAUUCAGACGCAGCACUUCUCCUCCCAGCCGGACCCUGUCCCUCUCCCUGUCCCACAACCGGCAUCACGACUCCAACCUGCCCAGCACGGACCCGUCUCCCUCCGUGACCCUCCUCUCCCUGUCCUCCCUGUCCGACUGCAACUCCACCAAGUCACUGUUACCGUCUGAUCCUGAAGACUUCACCCCGACCCCCAGUGGUGCUCAUCCGGGGGUGUCUCCUGCGCCCUCUUUGAACCCUCUGCUGGACCUGAAGGCGGAGAGCUUCAAACGAGAGCCCAACCAGUCCCUCACACCCACACACGUCUCUGUGGCGAUGGCGUUAAACCGCGGGCACCGGCGCACACCCUCGGACGGGGCCAUUCGCCCUCGGGCGCAGACGGUCGUGGGACAUCGACGCACCCCUUCUGACGGGAGUAUGCCCUUCCCCCCCACGACAGCCCCCAUCAUCGUCUCAUUUAAAGGUUCUCGUGAAACUCUUGACAUUCCACGCCUACCCGACCCGUCUACGGUCUACCCCUCGGCCCACCGGCGCAAACCCCCCCCUCCAAUUCCCGUGCCCGAGCCGGACAUCCACACGGGAACGCUGGAGCGUCCCAAAACCCUGGAGUUCGCUCCCCGCCCUCGACCCACCCCAGCUCGGGCGCGUCCGGACCCGUGGAAACUCUCGUCCCGGUCACAGACGCUCAGCUCAUCUCCAGGGAGCAGCUGUGACAGUCCGCUGGGCUCGGGUGACAGUGGAGUGAGCGCCGCCCGUCAGAGCCUUCUGGACAUGGACAUGGAGGGCCAGAGCCAGGACAGCACCGUUCCCCUGUGCGGAAAACGCCCGCAAGCCACUCUAUGCGCUCAAAAUUUCUCAUAGAAGCCCCACCACCUGUGCCGAUGCCCCCUAAAGCAGCUCUCGGAAGAGGUUUCCCCACAGUUUGCCCUGUGAUCCCUUAAGAACACAGGCAGCUCUGAUGUGGUAGACAUAUGCCUUCUGGAUAGCGGUUAAUAGGUUUUCAGUGACUCGUCGUGUCCGAGCGGCCUCUAGUGAGAAGCUUUAUCACAUGUGGAGGAGUACUGUAGGCCUGUGACCUUCCUCGUCUCGUUCUUAUCUCCGGCCUCUUCCUCAUCGUGGUCUCUGUGGACACAACCUGCUUUUCGGCCAAGUUCCCUCCAGUGUGUUCAGUGUAAAGUUCAGUGAUGCUUUCUGUAAUUAUAAUCAGGAGAAUCGUGUAUGCAGUUAACUGCAAUGACACAGGGAGAUGUAUUCAUUGUAAUAUACGGAUAUAAAAAUAGGUGUACUAUAAGAAUUUUAUAUUUUUUUCUCUGACUCGACCUAAUCACAUGUGCGAAAUGUGAAAUUAACCAUGAGCAGACACUUUCUCUCCAUGUGUACUUGGCACUUUUCAUGAAUAGGGUACACUUUUUUUUACGUUUUGUUGAACCAAUCAUGAAAAGCAGGUUGUUUUAAAAAAACAUUAAAUAUUUGUAUUCCAGUUUAUUAAAAUGGCCUUUGGUCCCACCAAAUAUAGUUUGACCAAUUCUGUAAUAUUGGUAUUAAAUUAGUUUAUUAGUACAUUUUAAUGAGCAAAAAUUUGCAUGAUCUUCCUCCCAAUACAAAAUAUUUAACGUCAAAGAAAAUUAUAUUAAAUAAUCUUUACAUUGUUGACUGCAUGACCAGCUCAAUUUUAAACAGUAACCAGAAAAAAUGAUCUAAAUAGUUUCUAAUUUUUGGAAAAUAAAUGGGUUAUUCGCUAACUUCGACAGCUUUAUUUAUCACAACCAUUUUUCCUUUUUUAUGUGAUCAAUUGUAUCAAUUUAUUUGUAAUGUUUAUUGCAAGAAAAUAACUAAAUCAAAUGAACCAGGGUUUUAAACUGUAUUUAUUGAUCCCAAACAAUUCUACACUAGUGUUCAAAGGUUUGGCAUUAUGAUUUUGAAUGUUUUUUUUAAAGUGUCUUCUGCUCACCAAGGCUGCAUUUAUUUGAUCCAAAAAACUAUGAAGUAUGAACUACUUUAAUAUUUUUUAUUUAUUUAUUCAUUCAUUUAUUCCUGAUCAAAACAGAAUUUUUAGAUCCUAUAUAUACUUGUUGUUGAUAUCUACUUAAAGGGAUAUAAACUCGCAAUUCCCAAAAUUUUCCAAUUGCGAGUUUAUAUCACACAAUCCUGAGAUAGUCACAAUUCCCUUUUUUAUUUUUUUAUUUAUAAAUUUCACAUUUGAAUGCAUUCCUGUUGUAUAAAAAUACUAAUUUCUUUAACAACAAAUAAAAUCUCACUGACCCCCAAACUUUUAACAGUUGUGUAUAUUCCCCAAAAUUUGCUAACAGAGUUGCAAAUCUUACAGAAAAAUGAAUAAAACGGCUGAUGUAAUUAGUUUGCCCUCCAACAACUUCAGCUGUUUUUACCGUAUUCCUGGAAAGUGCCUCUUACUGUGCGUGUCAGGAUGAGUCUGCUCAUUUAUUCUCCUCGAGAGUUUCCUUCCCCCUCUCGACAUCAAAUCAGACUAAAUGCCAGCUCCUGAGGAGAGAAGGACAGAAAUGGGAACAUGAGGGUUUUUGUAAUUGGCAAUAAAUAGCAAACAUGUACCUGUUUCUAUGAGUGUGUUCCUUACCUCCUGAAGUGACGUUCUUCCUCCAGCAACUGAACAAUUCAACUCGAAGAGAAAGGAACAGUACGUAUGUACACAGAGGACACGUGUCAUGUCAGGGCACAUGAGAUCACUCACUGAUGAUGUGGAUGUUCUUUGGAUGGACUGAACGGUGCUGAGAAACACACACUUGGAGGGUUUUCAAAUUCGUUGUUCUGAACCGUUAAACCUGGUAGUAGACAGUAUUUUUUUUUGACUGUCCACCAAUGAGUAUGUCUGUAUGUGUGUGUGUGAGCGGGCGGGUGUGUGUGCAUGUGUUUUUGUGUUCAUAUUGUUAUCAUUUGUAUGGAGUAAUUCUCUGUGCAGGAGGGUUGAACAAACCCACCACCUUAUUUCCUGUGUGAGGAACACUAAGAGUAUUUAUUAAAAUAAUUGUUACAAGCAGUGAAAUGUUGGUUUUGAAACCCAUUUUCUGUCAUAUUUGUCAUUUUCUGUCAUAUAUGUAGCCUAAAGAUCUUAUAGCAGAUCUGUUAUGGUGAGGAUUUUGGAUCUUACAUGUCUCAAAAUGAGAAGGAAUUCAAGCCCAAUGCAUAAUUUUAUUCCCAUAAUAAAAAAUAAAGCCAG